AUGAGAUCCCACUUCAACACCAACCUGGUCACAGUGUACGGUGAUCGCAAACCUACAACAACAGCCACACCAACAACUCUUACAACAGCUGGAAACAAUGUAACAAUUGUCGAUACAACCACCACAUCAACGACCAACUCGACUACAACCACAAGUCCAUCUACAGCAAACGCAACGAUCACAAAUUCAGGCUCUGCAUCCAACAUCACAGCUAGCGGCAGCAGAAUAAAGCGGGAUGCUCCAAGAGAGAACAAGAAGAAGUCAAAGUCUAAGGAGUCUCUGGUCUCCUCUAAUGAGAAGGAGAUGGAAGACGAUGAGCAUGAGGAUGAUGAGGAAGAUUCACCAGAAAACAAGCCAAUGAUGGGAUCAUCUCUCGGCUACUACGGGAUCUUUCAGCUUUCUGACAGCCACUUCUGUGAUUCCGGUUAUCGUUCAUCAAAGAAUCUGUGCCGUUCAUCCUGCUCAGCCUUCGCCGAUGACGACAUAACUGAUGAUGUAGCUUGCGUCGUAGGGAGCGGUUACUGGAAGCAUCUGCUGGAGGAAGCCUCUAAACAGUGCCAGCGUGCCAAGAAGACCUACUUUGCUGAAUGUGCAGCUUGACGGCACCAUUUCCUCCUGCAGGAAAAGCAACUUUUUAUUAGCACUAUGGGGUGAUCUAGUUUAUGGUAGUUUCUUUAAAUGAUGUAUUUUUCAAUACAAAACAAAUGAUUCUAUGUAUGUCAUGCAAUAAAAAAAUACAGUUCUCUGUUG